GUUGAUAGGGGCAGUGGCCUCUGCCUUGGACACUGAUGGUUUGUGAGAAUCUGUGGAGGUGUCACUUAACACCUCUGUGGCCAGGCCUGGACUUAUAAACCAGUUCGGAGGAGCUGAGCAGCACACACUGAACUUCCAAUUGCUCCAGUCAGACCACUGAGUUCCUUCACACAACAUGGAUACCUCCUCAGUGCCUCUGCUCAACUACAUGCAGUAUCAGUGGUGCUCGGACUCGGACCUCUCCAGCAUCUCCUCUUCAGAGACCCUCUCCCCCGUCCACUCUAUGGACUCCAGCCUGUCUCCUUCCUACCUGCAGCCUCCUCAGUCCACUCCAAAGACAGCUAAAAGUGGAUAUUCUCAGAGCAACACCUCCUCACCCUACUCCCUGUCUGGACGUGGCAGGAGGUCAGGCCGAGCCACCCGUAUCCGCAGCAAACAAAGGGAGAGCGCCAGCGAGAAGGAGAAGCUGAGGAUGAGGGAUCUGACCAAGGCCUUGCAUCACCUCAGGUCCUACCUACCGCCCUCUGUAGCCCCCACCGGACAGACUCUGACAAAGAUUGAGACGCUCCGCCUCACCAUACGCUACAUCUCCUACUUGUCGGCUCAGCUGGGCCUCGGUGAGGAGGCGUUGUUUCAGCAAAGGGAACAGGGAGACCCCUCGACCAGUGGCACCUCCUCACCUGACAUCCUCAGCUACUUCCAGCACGGCUCCAUGGAAGGUCAGGAAGUUCAGCUCCAGAGCCAGAACCUGAGCCAAAGUCUGUAUCCGAUCCAGUGUCACAGUCCAGACACCAUGCUGCAUUCUGGGAGCUGUAGUUUUGGAGCUGAUCAGUAUAAUAAGCAGUUCAGUGGAGCUCCUCAGGGAGACAUCAGCAUGGCUUCCAUCAACACAACACAGUCCUCCUGUCAGAUGUAUGGCAAUGACUUCUGCAUGCCGUUGGCUCCAAGAGAGUAUUGGGGUUAAAAAACAACAACUUCAACACUGAAUGAUCAUCGUCCAACAACAGACACAAACUACUUCCCUGUUUUUACUGCCUCACUGUGAAUCGAGUAAUUUAUUUGCGAUAUAAAUUCUACGUUUUAUUUAUUUUUGUCCCGUGAUUGUUCCUUGUAAAUAUUGAUAUGUCUAACAACUAUUUUUAUAUUUCUUUUAUACUGCUAUUUAUAAUAAAAUAUUCAAAAAUGC